AUGGGAAUGAUUAUAGUGAGUUUAUCAGUCUGAAUUCACUCCCGAGAUGUUACCUUUUCAGGUGUUUCUACUCAUCCUCAGGAUGAUCCCCUCCACGUUGCCAUGUGUUCGGACUUCUUCCGGAGGAACUCCCUCGACAAGUACGUUCAAAUUCACUCGGGUAACGGGCAAUUGUAUUGACGUCUCAAUAAAUGUACUCGCAAUCACUUCAUCUCUUUUAAAACUUCAUUUCCCACCAAGUGCAACCGUGUCCCUUGAACCGUCGUAUCCUAGGUGUCGUUCCGUCCCGCACCUUCCUGUUCAGGUAUCACAACCACCCCCGAUCCCACAGUCCCCACCACCACAGUCGCAUCCACUGGUGAGUCCCGUCUGCACAAUCAUCUGGAGCAUGUCCCUGUCGUCAAACCACUAAGCAAUAUAUUCCCGCUCAUGGUUUCCUCCUUUUUCAGCCUGUUGUUCCGCUUUGACACAAACGUUAACUUCUACCAGUUUUCCGGAUGGAACUAUGACUUUCUCCUACAAUAGUGACACGUGUCGGACUACAGCGUCAGCUACUUGCUCGUAAGUGCAUCUACGGUCUAUCUGGUUCAUUGUUGGUUCAUUUCCAGAACAACUGACUCCUCUCUGGACUUGAAUGCUGCUAUUGUCGGAAAUUCGGUGAACUAUCUGGACUACGCCGCGACCACGGUCACUGUUCCUUUCACUUGUUCCGGAGGCAGUUGGUAGGCCGGCCCACAGUCCUUUUCUUCUCUUAUUCUUUCCGUUCUCAGGACGUACACAACUGAUGGCUCCACUCUCGUCAUCGACACUCUCGAAUGCGUUCUCACGAAUCCAUCCACGUAA